AUGCCCCCUAAGAUUGAUCCUAACGAGGUGAAGAUCAUUUAUCUGCGUACCACCGGUGGUGAGGUUGGUAAUGCCUCUGCUCUGGCUCCCAAGUUGGGUCCUCUCGGUCUGUCCCCCAAGAAGGUCGGUGAGGAUAUUGCCAAGGCCACCAAGCAGUACAAGGGCAUUUCUGUCACUGUUCAGCUGACCAUUCAGAACCGUCAGGCUACUGUCUCUGUUGUUCCUGCUGCCUCUACUCUUGUCAUUGCUGCUCUCAAGGAGCCUCCUCGUGAUAAGAAGAAGGAGAAGAACAUCAAGCACAACGGCAACAUCCCUCUCGACGAGAUCAUCAAGAUCGCCCGCGAGAUGCGCUCUAAGUCUUUCGCCAAGGAGCUCAGCGGUACUGUCAAGGAGGUUCUUGGUACUGCUCAGUCUGUUGGUGCCCGUGUUGAUGGCAAGCCUGCCCAUGUCAUCAUCGACCAGAUCAACGCUGGCGAGGUCGACAUUCCUUCCGAGUAA